AUGAGCUGCUCGUGCUGCUGCUGUUGUGACGGGCCAGUGCCCCAUUCACUGUAUUACGUCCCACCUGGUAUCAUUAUAGGCAUAAUCGGGUACUUGUACUCGUCGUUUGUCUUUUUCGCCCAAAAUCGCGUGCUCUUCAGCGGUGCCUCGUCCUGGGAAGUGCUUUUCUUCCACUGCUUGACGGUCCUUCUGUGCUGGUCUUUGGUGCAGACGCUGCGGUCGCAGCACUCGUUUCUGCCUCGUCAGACGCUUUCAAAGCCGCAAAUACAGGCUUUGAUUGUGCAAAAAGUCACGGCACUUUCUGAUGCACAUACUGAAGUCAAGUCAAAUGGCGCCGUGCGCGUUUGCCGAAAAUGUCGCGCAGUGAAACCCGACCGAACGCAUCAUUGUAGCUCCUGUAGACGCUGCGUGCUCAAGAUGGACCACCAUUGUGUCUUCUUAAACAAGUGCAUUGGGUACGACAACUACAAAUUCUUUGUCCUGUUCCUCGGCUGGAGUGCCGCAACGUGUUUGUACCAGAGCAGUCUCUUGUUUCGAUACGUGCUAGCAACUAGUCUUAAUCGAGCUGCGACGCUUUACGUUGUUGGAAAGCUCGUGCUCUUCAGUUCUCACCUACAGAUUGUAAGUGUGUUCGUCGGCAGCGCGUGCCUGGGGAUUGCGCUGGCGUGCUUCUACGUGGUGCAUCUGUACUUUGUGGCCAACAACUACAGCACACUUGAAUACUGUGAGAAACGCGCUGACCCAGAGUAUGUAAACUACUUUAACAUGGGCGUGAUGCUCAAUUUUCAAGAGGUGUUCGGCACCUUCCGCGAGUUUCCAUACUGGUUCGUGCCCGUGCACAGUCCCAGCUUGCUACGACGAGACGGGAAGGCCUUUCCGUUGAACAGCAAGUUCAUAAAGGUUGACUAG